AUGGAGAAAACGUCUCUCAAGCUUGUCUUCCUGUUCUCCCUCACAAUCAUUUUCUUUUGUUCGUCUCUAGGUGAUGCAAGAGAGAUGGUGAAGGAAGAAGUGAACUGCAUGCCGCCAGUAGAACCUAUAAUGGACUCUUAUGAGGCUAAUGCAUCUUGCCGUAGAGACAAUGAAUGCAUCAAGUACUGUCCUAAAGGCUGCAUGAUUGUUAACUGUAAUUUUGGAACAUGUUUCUGUGAGUGCUAA